AUGGCAUCGAAACAAGCUUUCACAUCCCACUCGAUCUGGUCUGGUUUCUACAAGAAGGCAAUCAAGGAACGACAAGCACAAUUGAAACUCGUGUUUCCUGAUCUAUUCACUCCUGCUCUUGCUAAUAAUGGUGUCCCAUUGUCUCAAUCUCCAUCACAUAAUGGCAGUACUGUUUUCCAACACGAUCAACAACCACAAACGGAUGCUAAUGGCAGUGGUGUUGCUAUGAAUCGGUCGUUGGGUAGUCAGGGACUCAGUGACGGUGCUGCUGAAGAGGCGUUUCCUAUACGUGGUUUGGACGAGCAGAUUGCUGACAAUAUGAUUGAGAACUGUGUCGGAACUCUCGGUCUACCCGUCGGUCUCGCGCUGAACUUUACCAUCAAUUCAAACCCAAUCAUCAUUCCAAUGUGUAUGGAAGAGCCAUCUGUAGUAGCUGCUGCUUCAGGUGCUGCAAAGACCGUCUCUUGUUUUGGUGGUUUCACUGCAGUGACUACAGAACGGAAUAUUAUCAUUGCUCAGGUCCAAUUGUUGGAUGUCAAGAAUGUGGCCCAGGCUGCUGAGAUUUUGAGAAGCAAGAGAGAAUCCAUCUUAGAAGUCGCAAACCAAUUCUGUGAAUCCAUGGCUAAACGUGGUGGUGGUGUUAAAGACGUCACUGUUCGAAUGGUGCCUCGUUUUGGUCAGGAUUCUUCUACCGCCAUGGCAUCGAGAUAUUGGUUGGUCGUACAUCUUCAUAUUGAUGUAUGUGAUGCUAUGGGUGCAAAUUGCGCUUCAACUGUCGCUGAAGGCACUGCUCCAUUCUUGGUUGGUUUGACCGGUGGUCGUGUUGGAUUGAGAAUUGUUAGUAAUCUGUGCGUUGAACGUCUUGCAAAGGCAAGUUUCAAAAUCCCAGUAUCCGGAAUGGCAUACAAAGCUCUCACUGGCUCAGAUGUUUGCACUCGUAUAAUUGACGCCUACCAAUGGGCUCUCGACGAUCCAUUCCGUGCCACAACUCACAACAAGGGUAUCAUGAAUGGUAUUGACGCUGUAGCUCUCGCCACUGGUCAAGAUUGGAGAGCUAUAGAAGCCGCUGCUCAUGCUUGGGCUGCUGGUGCUGCCGAUGAAGCUCUCUUAAAAGAUAUGAGUGUGCCCAACCAUUAUAAGCCAUUGACAAAGUAUUGGGUUGAUGCUGAUUUCUUUUAUGGUGAAUUGGAAUUGCCAGUAUCUGUUGGUAUUCGCGGUGGUGUGUUGAAGACCAAUCCUGUUUAUACUUACACUUUGGGAAUGAUGGGAAAUCCUUCUGCAAAAGAGCUUGCAAUGUGUAUGGUAUCUGUUGGGCUUGCUCAAAAUCUUGCUGCUCUGAGAGCCUUGUCAACUGAGGGUAUUCAACGUGGCCAUAUGUCUUUGCAUGCCAAGAAUAUUGCAGUCGCAUCUGGUGCUCCUCCUCAUGCCAUCUCCGAAUGUGUCGAAUACAUGAUUGAAUCAAACCGUAUCUCAUUGGCUGCUGCUCGUGAAUACUUGAUGGCUCAUGAACUUCAUGAUACUGUUGAGAGAAUCAAGAAUGCCUCAACAGAAUCAAAGCCUACGCGGAUGAAGAACUUGAGUAUAUUCUACUUUGAAGAAGCUGUCACUCCUGAUGGAAAGGAAAAGUUGCCUGGUGUAGAGGAUCAUGUCACUCUCAACAUUGCCUUUCAGACUGUUGGAAAAAAGCCCAUCUCAAUGGAAUUGGUACCAGAUCAACCAUCACCCAAUCCAUUAAUGAUUGCUCUCUUUGGAGAGAAAACACAUGCCUGGUUGACUUGGGUAUUUGCAUUGCUAGACUCCGUCAGGCUCUCAGUAUCGGGACCAGAACGUGCCAACGUUUUGCUAUCUCGUAAACUCAAGGUCUUGUCGGUCUUGCUCAACCUGGUGGUCCGUCGUCUUAUGGUAUCCUUCCCCAAAGAAACUCGUCGUUUCGUCGAUCGUAUCUUUGCCGACGUACGUCGUAGAAAGAGUCAGGGAAGUCCCACUCGCCGUCAUCCUCGACCUCCUUCAGUGCAAGUCUAUGUACAAAGCACCAAGGAUGAGAUGAGACCCGAUCAAACUGAAGCAAACACAUCACCAUCAACACUGCCAGCUAGUAUUGUAACAGAUGCUCCUACCACUGGAGGUACAAAGCCCUUAGGUGGUCUUGAUUGGGACUUGUCUAAGUCUCCUGCCUUCCAACGUGAUGUAUUGGCUGGUUUAGAUCUAGAAGAUGCACCUGAAUUGCUACAAGUUGGACUGCCUCUAAUGCUAGCCUUAUGGCAAGUCUUUGAAAUCCGUGUAGUCCAAUGGGUAGGACACCGUGAUCUGGUCCGUGAGCUACUUGACGAACAGCGUCGCGUCAUAUCUAAUCUAGUAGCUGCACCACUUGGAGCUGGGUGGUUGUCAUCAGGCAUCAAUGAAGGACUUCCUUGGAUGAAUAGUAGUGCCUUCAACGCCGAUACCGACAAUAGCAAUAGCUUGGCUGCUCCAUCAUCGCUAACAGUAUCUCGUGAAAAGUUCCGAGAACUUAUGACCAUCCAUGGCAAACGAUUCCAAGUCACCCUCUUAUUAUUAUGUGACGCCGUAUCGCUCGGACCACGAGCAACCACUGCACCAGUAUUACAUUUUUUGCGUAAAUUGGGUGGAUAUCUUGAAUGGGAGCAAGCUCGGUCUCACGAUAUAUCGCCAAGCCGUCUAGAACGUGAUGUUCUUGCUCUAAAGACUCCAGAAACAGCAAUGACUACACCAGCAGCCAAUGGAUUUAUAGCCUGGUUGGAAAUCAUCCAAGGAUGGACUGUUGACACUAUAUAUGAAUGUGCUGUAGGUACUGGUGAAACUCCAUUAGAUUGCUUGUCACCCUUUGGCGCAAUGGCCCAGUCUGCUGAUAACUCGGAAGCACAAUCACCUACUACUGCCUUGUCUGUACCAUAUACUCCAGAUGCAUCAAAUGCCAGUGAAGAAUUGCCAUUGCCUGGACACGUAUCAGCAGUACUACUCCUGUCUAUGGCACCUGCCAGCCAACGCAGACACAGCCAUGGCAACCGUCAACGUCUCCCACAAUUGUAUCGCCGUCUUGCCCAACAGAUUACCGAAUUUAUCAAGUAUACCGAUCGGCAAAAGCAAAAACGAGAAUUAUUAGAUGCUGCUGAUGCACUAGGUGCUGGAUUUGAACCAUCUAGAGUGCUCAAAGGAGCUCAACUAUACCGUCGUUAUUAUGAAGUCGCUACCUUGUUUGGAGCUACUGACUUGGACCGAAUCAACGAAGUGGUUGAUGAUGAUGAUGAUGAUGAGAAAGAGCCGCCUUCGUCGUCUUCGUCCGGAUCGCAAAUCUUUGAAUUUGCUGGAGAAGAACUCUGA